GUGAGUGAAAAAAAAUACUGUAAUUAUUUUACGAUCAAAAUCAAAAUAAACUGAUAGCUUCUGAGAAAAAAAAUUUAAUUGAUAUUUUUCAGAUUGAAAAGCGUUAGCAUAUUGAUUAUAUGGUGGCUUUGACAUUUUGGUUGCUCUGUUCAGAUGGUCGUGUUCGUCGACACUGAAUCGUGUGCGAAGCAAGUGAACGAUGAGUGAAAUUGGUGAAAUGAGUGAGAAACGGCCCCAACACAAUCACAUCCCACUGUAAAGAACACUAAGACUAUUGACCGGUGCACAGUGAAUAGAAUGAAAUGAAGAGAGAAUAAAAUACACGAAGAGUAGAGUCAAGACGACUGUCGAAAAAUUGAGUUCGCGUAGUGCAAUAGGAAAAAAUCGAAUUUUCAGUGAAAUAAUUGAUUAAAAAAAUAUCGAGCAAAAAGCCGUAUUAAUUGCAUUUGGAGCGGCGAAAAUGUAACAAUCAAGCAAAAUUUUCUCGAUUGUAUCUUAAAAUUGAGGACGAUUAUGAUGAUGGAAAACUGAAUAACUUGUGCUUAUUGUGUUUUUGAGUGUGUAUGGUGGCAGACUACGCCUUCUGUUGCUGCUUUUGUGUGAUUUUUCAUCGUCGUUCGUACAAGAGUGCUGUACAGCGCCAUAUUAACUUUUACUUCUUCUAUGUUAAUGUUUUGAUAAAUCUUCUUCGCUUUUAUUUAUACUUUUUUUUCUUCGUUUACGAAUAAAAUGGUACAUAGAAGUGGUUCAACACAUCAGUAUGAGGAACUAUUUACAAAUGAGGAAUCGAAUUCGAAAGCGAAAGAUGAUUUACAAAUUGCCGAAUCGUUUAAAAUGAACAGCAAUAGCGCAACAAAUCAACCCGAAGAGAAUGAAACGAAGCGCCAGCUACGCACAUCGAAGCGACUGUGUUCAAUAAAUCCGGAUGUGAUGACACCACCGAAAUCAUGUGAAAUCAGCAGUAGCAGCAGUAGUAGCAGUAGCUGCAAUAGCAACAACAACAGCACCAGCACCAGUACUAGUAGCAGUAGCAGUAGAACAUCGACCGACACUCUGAUGACAUUCGCUACGACAAAUUUGAUUCCAUUAGCCGUUAAACCGAAGUCAAUACGAAAUCGUCGCUAUACAAUAAACGAUUGUGUUCAUCCCAGUGAGAAGAGUAUAUCGGUGCCAUUUGCUGACCAAAAAAAGUUCAAAGAGUUUUCGACUCCCGUUGAAUUAUCCACGAGAACGAGAAUCGGUGGCAAGAGUCUCGAUGAUUUCAGUAUAAAGAAGGAUCAUUUUAACUGCAGCGUUUCAUUGGAACGAUUGGCAGGCAUUGUGGAUACGAUUUCUACAAAAGUUUCGCCAACGGGCGAAAAAGACGAUGCAACCGCAGCAAAUAAAGUGUUCUGUUUGUACUGUGAUCGCACAUUUUCGAGUUUAAAGCUGUAUGGAAAGCACGUGGAACGUGUACAUCAAAGCAAAUCGGGCCGGCGAACAAGUGCAAGAACCACAAACAAUGCAUCGGUCCAAAACUACCCUGGUUGCUCGUAUUGCAAUGUUGGCAAAGUUACCUGCUUAGAGAGUGAAGAGUUAACGCAACUGGUGCAUCAUUUGGUUCAACAGCAUGGUGAUAAGUAUUUCGCUUGUGAAAUAUGUAUGAUGCGGUUUCAAACACGAGAACUUCUACAGAAACAUGCCAGUGCUUUACAUGGAUACAACGAUGCCAAAUCGAAGAAAGAAACGCAAAGAAAAACACCGCGAAAUGUGCAAUCAUCAAUGGCCAAUACUUUAUCACCAUCAUCUUCAUCUUUAAAUGCAGCAGUUACCCCGCUCACGGUCCAAGUGGAUUUCGACUCGAAUGAAGCGUCGGAUCAGUCGAGCCUGCGAAACCGACUCCGUCGGUCAACCGAUCUCAAAACAAAGUCUGAACGAUCGACGCGAAAGCAUUUGCUGUCGAGCGAAGAAACGUUCUUAUCUCGCCUGGGCAUUGGAUUGAAUCGAUCACCGCGUUCACGAAAAGGUGCGAAAAAUCGGCGCGGAUGCUCGUCCGAACUGUUCGAGUCGACACGAUCAACGCGUAGCAAUAAGAAUUCGAAGCAAUCGAUUCCAAGUAGCCAUGACAUCAGCGAAUCAUCGAAACAGAUCAACAGCACCAAGGUCGAACCGAUCGUUCACGCCUUCGACGAAGAUUUUUACGAGUCUGUGAAUCAGAAUGUCAAACAGAAUUUGACCUGUCAUCUCGAUGGCAAACUGGAUAGCGGUCCAAUGUCGCCAAGCCCAUUGAGCCCAGUCGCCAGUGUUCCCACCGUUCGAAGUAUUCUAGUCAAGAGUCCGCUCGUCAUCGAAGCGGAAAUCCAUGAAGCAACUACAAUAUCAGCGUUUACUGCCUUUCCCACACUGCUAACGGCACAACAGCACGGCGGUGAAUCACUCACACCCGGCAAAAUGAAAAAGCCAAUCACAAAGAAUUCGUGGAAAUGGAAAUGGGAUUGCGUAAAAAAGUAUAAAUAUGUGAAUGAAGGCGGUAAAAUUGUGAAGAAAAUCAAACAAUCGACAUGUGGCAUGCGCGAUUUGUCCACACUUGAUAUGUGGACACAGUUAACGAUGCGAAUGCGACACGAGGUUGUCACCCGGCAAGAAAAUGAAAUAUCAGGCGAAGACAAUGUCUUGACAGUUGGAGAAGCAGCCAGAGAGGAAAAACGAAAGCUAAUCGAUCAACUCAAUAAAAUUUUGGAUACCAGAAUUGUCCCGAAGAUUAAUGUUGAGCAAAGUGACCAAUCCAUCAUUAAACAGGAAUCAGUUGACGAUCUUAAGCAAAGCGAUAGAAUUGUACCCAGCACCUCAACAUCCACCUGCAUUUCAAUAACGGACACUCUGCGUGAUCCCGAAUUUCCAGCGUUGAUGAAUUUGAUAAAACGUGAACGCACUGACACCUUUCAGUCAACAGUGAUUUUGAGUGGAGAAUGGGCUCGACCACGUUGCUACAUUUGCUUUGGAUGUGGUUCGCUGUUUUCAACAGUGCGAACACUCGAAGAACACAAAACAUCGAAACAUCCUUACGUUCAUUCAACGCACUACGAAAUCGUCGGUAAGGAACUGAUUGAUGGCAAUCUUUUCCGUAACUUUUAUAUCCCUUCAUUAGCACUGCAACGGCACAACGAAUACCACAAGAAGCAAUUCUUCAAUAAUAGCAUUUGCAACGCCGCCGAAGACUCAAUGGAUAGCGUUACAUCCAGUUCAAUGAGUUUGACUAAAAGUGAUUCGUUCGAUUUGGAUUCGAAUUCACGCAAUUCCAAGGUCAGUAUUUCGUCGUCGGUCGCAUCGGUAUCAGAUCGUUCGUACUCAGCAUCUGCUGAUGAUGAAAAUGCAAACAGUUCGUCGGAGAUAGCGAUGACCGUGACGAAAAGCUGCUCGAAAUGUAAUCGUCAGUGCAAAGGAACAUUGGAUUUGUAUCGUCACAUGUUGGACUGUUCGAGUGAUUACGCAUGGAUUUUGGCCAAGAAGCGAAAUAACAUCAAAUACCGUUAUUUUGGAACGAAACGACGAAGACCACAACGAUCUAGUUCGUCGAGUGCCCGUAAAAUUUCGAGACCAAAAAAGGAAAGGCGCAACAGUGAUACGAGCGCAUCACAAAAAUCAAAAGAACCAUCAACACCUAGACAACGACCAAGUGAUGCCGAAUCGAUUCAGCGAAUGCUCGCCAAUUUGCCAGCAAAACGGGCUGUGCGUCAGAUUUUCCCAGAUUUGGUACCAAAACCAAAUAACAAGAACAAAAAGCAUCUGCCAAAUCCCUUAAAUCGCAAGAAAAUCUUGCUAAAGCAAAAAACAAAGGGUAACUCACGUGGAUUCAAGGUCGUAUCAACAAGCAGCACAACCAUAAACUCCGUUGGAACAAAUUUAGCUUUAAGGAAGCGGCGCAGCGUUGAAGCGGCAAACGCAGUUGUACGACGGACACGCUCAUCAUUAAAUGCUGCUGGACCAACGACAAAAGCAAAAGCAAAGGAUAAGGAGAUCGGAGACAAUGCGAGUGUCAGUGAAAGUGUCCGCAAAUCGGCUACAACCACAUCACCGGCACCGUCCACAUCGUCUUCGACGUCCAGCAAAAAUCCAGCCAACGAAAUGGCAAAAAACAAGAAAACCAAUAAUGAUCUCGGCAGUGUAUUUCGUCGACGAACAAAAGCUGUAGUCACAAAACUAACGAAAACAUUUCGACGCGGACAAAAACAACGUCUUCUGUGCACAACACAUCAUUUACCAAACACAUCGAAAAACACUAAUAGCGCUAAGUUAGAUAAAAAUAAAUUGAAAACGAAAAGCAAAAAGACAUUUCUACGAACACUAUCUUUUCGUCGCUCCAAUCGCAACCUUAACAAAAUGGACAAACCAGCUGAAAAUGAUAAGUCAAAUGAUGAAUCAAGCAGUAAAAAAACAAUGAGCCAAACAUCUACAUCGUCAAUGUCAUCGUCGUCGUCGUCGUCGUCGUCGUCGUCGUCGCUAUUGCUGUUGUCUUCGGACAAUGAGAAGAAAUCAACCACAACAAAUGCCGAUCAUGACGACCAAAAUUUAGAGAAAAAUACCAGCACAACUUUUGACGAGGACAAAACUAAAGCAGAAGAAGUGCACGCAAAUAUUGAAGCAAAUGAUCAAACGUCUGAUGCUGCAGCCAAGAAGAGUGAGCCUAAAGCUCCACGUCUCAAACGAAAGCGGUCAAUAAAAACAAUAAUAAAUGAAAUGCGUGCCAAAUGCCAAAAUCAAACGAACGCAAUAACCCAACCUGAUUCGGUUUUACCAGUGGAAGAAGAAACCAAAAAAGUCGAUGAAAAACAGUCAACUGAUAAUAUUCCAAUUGUGUCGAAAAACCCAACAGAACCUGUGUCGCUUCCGACCAAAGUAGAUGCACUAGUAUCACAUCCACAUCCACAUCCACAUACACAAACAUUAUCAUCAUCGUUAACUUCUUCAACACCGGUAACAAUGCCACUAUCACUAACGAUUGAACCGUUGGAUGAACCAUUAAACUUGUGCAUAUCGCCUCUAAAGAAUCUCUCUGCCGCACAUUCAUCGAAGGAGGUCGACGAAAAAACAACGGUCAACAGACUUCAGCCGCCCGAGCCCGAGCCGCAACUGGAUAACAUUUCGCCGCGUCGCCGCACCCGCAAAUUGAAUGAUUGCAUUGCAAUGUUGACAGGAAAACUUCAAGAAAAACUUGGCGUUCCAUUCAUCGAUCAAUCGUCUGCAUUGCUACCUAUUUUGAGUCCAGGCAGUGAACAAACUCAAUUGAAAUUCACGACUGAUGAACAAAAAAAAGAAGAAACGCCAAAGUCGUGUGCUGAAAUUAUGACGAUGACUAAAGUCACAACAACAACGGCGAAGCAAAAAGAAGCAACAAUUGAUAAACUUGAGCCAAAAAUGAGUAUUCCACAGGUUAAUGUGCAAGAUGUUUCAAUCAACGAUAAUGUUGUUGAUGUGUCUGCCAGCGAAAAAGACCAAAUGAAAGAUAAAGCGCAGAUCGAUUCGAAUGUAACCAAAAAGCAAGAGAACAUUGUUAAAUUUAUUUCGAUUGCUGAAGACAUGGGCAGAAAGGAGCUACGAAGUCGUAGAACCAGAGAAAUUACUCCAAUUCAGUCGAAAGAGUCAGAGUAUGAAACAACAGCUAAUCAAUCUUUUACCGAUACACAAGUGACGCUUGAAGCAACAGAAACGUUGGUAGAAAAGGAAAGUAAAAAGGAAAAAGAGCUUGUUCAGGUGAUCGAAAAAGAAUCACAAAGUGAAGUGAAUGCAAUUUCAAACCAAACAAAGAAAAUACCACAAUCGAAACGAAAACUUGAUACUCCUAUAGCAGAUAUCCCAAAAUCGAGUUCUGAUGACAAUAAUAAACCAGACAAAUGUAAACAAGAAUUCGAAAUUGAGGUGGCUGCAAGUGUGCAAGUUACUGUAAUUGAGAAGCCAUCGAUCCUGAAUGAUUCGGAUAGUGUGGCGAAAGCGUCACCAAAAACCAAGAAAAAAUCGGCCAAACAAACGAUAAUUAAGGAAAAAGCAGUGGUAGCGAAUGCACAGACACCUGUGCAAGAGGCUAUUGCAUCGGUAGCCGUUGAUGGACAGGAGAAUGAACUCAAAACGAUUCAUAUCGAAAGUAAGGCGAUUGAUGUGGAAGAUGAGAUUAAAACCAAUAUCAUACCGAAUGAACACCGAAUCGUCGAUACGAAGCAAUCAAAUGUUAACAGUUCACCAAAGAAGAGUGCUAAAAAAGAAACUCCAACUCCGUCAAAGGAUACAGUAGCAGGUAGAGGGAACAAUCGAACGACACGAAGUGGAAAACAGGCCACUGAAGAGCUGAAAGCGUUAGAAACUAUGCCACCGGAAAAGAAAGAGACACCGACCAAAGCUACAAAAGCAACAAAGAAGAAAACACCAGCAAAAGAAUCGAAGACACUGAUGCCGGAUGAAAAAGUCACAACAAGUGAAACACCGGUGAAUGAAAAAUCCGUCAAGGAAGCACUGUCGAGUGGAAAACCAGAAAAAAAUACAGAAAUGAAUGAAAAGUCAACCGAAGUCGCUUCAAAAGAAGUGGCACCAAUUAAAAAGUCAAAAACUAAAUCGUCGAUGACACCAAAUAAAAAGCUUAAUGCAAAAAUCGAAGAAAUUAAAGCACCAUUGCCCGAUGGUGUUCAUAUGAGUCAGGAUGUUGUUGAACUACAACAAAAACAGCAACCAGUGGAAACAACGGAAAGUCAGGAAUCUAGUGAACCGAAACCGAAGCCAGAUGAUCAAAUUACGAAAAGUGAGGAUGAAGGAAAAUCGCAGACAAAACCAGAAGCAGAGCCGGUUGAAAAACGAAAAUCCAAUAGCAAACAAAAUGAACGAAAAUCCAUUGCAAAGACUGAUAAGAAUAGUAAGAAAAAGCUGAAAAAAGAGAAAAACGGCGAAAAGAGUGUAAAAAGUGGCAAAAUUCAAAUGUCGGAUACGAUGAAGUUUGAAAAUAGUGAUGAUGAAUUGCUGCCAUGGGAUCCGGAAAAAGGUUUCAUUCAAACCCUCGACAUAACACCCUCCACAGAUGAGGUGAGUGAAAAGAAAACGGAAACUCCGAUGGUGACUGUUACACUUGUUGAAACGUCGGUCGAGCAGGAAAAUGAGAUGGAAACAAGCGCCAUGAAAUCGGCGCCUAAACCGAAGAAAAAACGAAAAAGUGAGCUGGCUCAAAUUAUUGCCGAUCAAUUGCUAGAAAGUUUCAAAGAAGUCGAUCAAUCACGUGUCGAUGAGUUGAAAAAAAUCCAAGAUCUGUCAUUGUCACAAAGCGAAGCCGAAUUGAUAUCGACCAGUUUGUCAACAACGCCGAUUCCAAAACGUAAAUCGAAAAAACUGUUUGAAACCAUUGAACCGAAGAAAAAUGAAAAAUCCUCUUCGAAGAGUAGUAAAUCCGAUAAAGAUGCGCGUAAAAAAUCAUCCACCCCAAAGCAGACUGGCAACAAGGAACCGCAAACACUAGCGGAUGGCUCCAGUUCAUCGGUAGAGGAGAGUAAUCGAAAUCCAAAGGAAAUCAAACCGGAGCCAGAAACUGAGAAAUGGGUGAACAAAUCAAAAAAGGAAAAGAAAUCAUCAAAGAAAAAGUCUUCGAAAAAAGAAGUGAAAAAGAAAAAUUAUUCCGAAACCAACGCCGUCGGUGUCGAUUCAGCCAAAAUAAAAAGUGUCACGAGCAAAAUUAUAAAUGAUUCAUCGGAUGCACCUUUGAACGAUGAUAUCAAUAAGAAAAGUGUCAUUACUUCAACUGCGCCAAACAUUCACGGUAAUGUUGUCAUUGAUAAAGUGUCGGAGAAAAGUCUGUUUGGUAAAUCAACAACGACAACACAAUCCAGUGAAAAACCGCAAAGUCUUCAUGCUUCGUCUACGAUAACGAGUGAUGCGACAAGCUCUGACCACAGUGUAAAAUCUAAAUCGAAUUCAAUAUUUGCCGAGGUGCUAUUGAGUCAGAAGAAAGAACGAUUGAACGAUAUCAUCGGUUUGGCUGACAAAGAAGCACUGUCUCGUGUUCCAUCAAUAAAAAAUGUAGUUUUUCCUCAGUGGCAAAGCGGCAGCGGCAUCGAUAAUAAACAAAGCAUAGGGGUGGUGCUAGAUAAAGACAAAACCCCUUCAUCCAAUGAGAGCAAAUUGAAUUUCUGGGGUCGUUCCAGCCCAACGUGUGCGAGUGAGAAAAGCGUCAAAUCAAACAUGUUUGGAGUGGUGAAAAGUCGUGCAAAAGAUCUAUUCUCGCGCAUUUCGAAGAAGAAACUGAAGAAAUCAAUCAAAACAUCGCUAAGAUCUUCAUCUUCAUCAUCGUCAUCGUCGUCGAGCUCAUCAAAUAGCUCAUUAAAUCCACCAAAGAAGCCUUUGCUCCGACCAAGCAUACUAUCUUGCAAUAAUUUCCGUGAUACGGUUACCGUGACUGUGAACAGUCCAUCUGAUGUUGUGUCACAAGUGCAGGUGCAAGUGCAAGUACAACAACCAACCGUCACUGGCACGACUGCUACAAUGAACGAUAUUUUCGAUUUACUACGAAAUGAAAAGGCAAUGUCUGGCGUAAGUUCAUCACAACAAAAACUGGAAACAGCACAAUGCACCACUACCAACAACAACAGCAGCAACAAAAAAGAGUCAAAAAAGAACAAAGAUGCCAUCGACAUAAAUCCCAAAUCGCCAAUUGAAUCGGAUAUGAACAUUGCUAAAAUUGCCAUUGCAUUGGGGAAAUCAAAUCGUAAGGAAUUGCAUAAUCAGGUAUCACAGAAUUUGAACAGCGCAUUUGUCGUCGAUAAAACUGAGCCGCCACCAAAGAAAACAACAAAGAAAACCAUUGCAACGAAGGCUGAGAAAAAAUCGAUAACAGCUAUCGCAGGGGACAAUGCGACGAUAUCAUUUAUGCCAUCGUUGCAAAAUGAUGAUUCGCAAGACACGAUCAUUUCACAGAUUGUGAGCAAGAUUCGUGAAAAGGCCGAUCGAACCGAUUCCGAUGAUGAAUUGUGUCUCGCCGAUGUUGCCAAAGGUUUGCCAAGGAAACCAGAUAGCGAGUUCUCUGUGUCACCAGCAGCAUUAGCAGCCGAAUCAAAAGAUCUCUCCGAAGCGUCUGUUCAAAAUGAUAUAAGUGCCUUAGUAUCAAAUAUUAACAAACACUUGGAAGAGAGUGCGAACGAAUCGAACGAAGCGAACGAGUCGAACAAUGACAAAUGUGUCGAACAGAAUUUGAAAGAACCAUCGACUCAGAAUGAUGAUGAUGGUGGUGGUGGUGGUGGUGGCGAUGGCUCUGACGAUGAGAAUACCAACACAGAGCUAAUUGAUAUGGAUUUGGAGGAUAAUGAGAGUGUUUACACGACAUUCUCACAAUCGACGUCGAUAACGAGUGGUGGUAGUAAGAAGAAGCGUCGAAAGAAAUCAAUUCUAUCGUCAAGCCGAAAGUCCAGGAGGGAUAAAGAACGGCGACUGUUUGCAUCGCCAACCGUUUCGUAUUUCUGUGACAUUUGUAACAAAUCUUUUCGAAAUCAAAACGGUUUGAACAAUCACAAAGCAACCAUAACGCACAUCUCGAAACUGUCCGAGCAAGAGUUUUUGAGUGCAAAGGAAAAACAAAACGAGAAUAAAGUGACAGCGGAUGAACAGAGUGUGGUGGUCAAAGAGGAAUUAGUGAAAUUGACAACGCCAAAAGAGGAUAAAGUAUCAAGUAGUGAAAAAAUUGUGACGAUGACAACGACAACCGCGACAACAAGGAUGGCGCCCGAGAACAGCAUACCGCCUGUUAAAAUUAUUGUGCCACCCGAAACACAUGAAAAUAUUCAGUCGUCGGUAAUCCGAAGUCGAAGUUCUCCAAUUAAAACCAACAGCACAAAUUGUUCACCUUACGUGUCACCAAAUCACAUAAACCAUAGUGGUGGUGUCGAACCGAUCUCAUCGCCCGAACAAAGCUCCCGGUUCAAUGGCAAUCCAAAAAGUAAUUUGACACCAUCGUCAUUGAAUUCACGGCUAACACUCAGCCAGGAGGAGCGUUUGUUCUACGAGUGUUGCAGCAUGUUGAAGGGUUCGGAUAGACAAACGGUUGGCUUGAAUAUGCCGGAGCUAAUUACGAAACCGGUGACACCGAAAUGCACUGAACAAACGUCGAACAUUGCACACGCAGCACAAUCGCCACGAUCACAUUCGAGCCCACGGCCGGGUCUUCCAAAAUUGGAUAUUAAUCAAUUUAGUGACAUUUCGUCUGAUUCAAAUCCGGCAUACUCGUGCCCGCAAGUUCCGAGCUCAUCGAAAACACACAAAGUAUUUUCGUUGGAACGCGCGACACCGUCAAAACCAAUUGGUGGCCGUGAGAAAGAUACCAAUAUGUUCGAAGCACGUCAAUCAAAUGAAAAUGCGGACGCUUCGGCCAGUGGAAAAGUGGCUCGGUCAAGCAGCAGUUCCAGUUAUCCCCACAGUUCGACAAUCCUACGAAAUUAUCCGGAUUCGUAUUCUGAUAUGGGUGACAGUUUUCCAUCGUCUCAGGAUGCCAGCGAAAGUGAAAACUAUGCACAAACUAUACUCGAACGGUCAAAUCAUUUUCCAGAUGCAGCUCCAAAGAUCUCACACAAUACUCCGCAGAAAGGUGAAGGCACCCAUUAUAUGCAAGCAUCACUACCGCAUGAAAAUGUUGAUUUUCGGUCAUUUUCAAACAGAUCACAUUUGGAUUCGCCACUUCAUUCGACAUCUUCACAAAGUUCGUCGUUGUCACGACCGCGCACGAAAGCCGCUCUCAAAGGUUACGAGAAUCUCAAGGUGUCUAUUCCGACAUCUGGUUUGGAUAUGCAGCACGCCCUUGACCGCAGCCCAAAUUCGAAUGGCUGCAAAUUGGCUGCACUGGCUGACAUCGCUCUCGGCAACGAUGUCCCAUUCGAUCUGAUUGAGCCACGAACAUCGGCCACAACCAGUAAUAAAUCCAAUCCGAAGAUCAUCGCAAAAUCUCCGCAAAAACCGAAUCUCUCAGCCAAAUGCUCCACUGCAAAGCAGUCAACACUGUUCAUGGUUUCAUCAGACACUACGAAAUUGCAUUCAAUCGAAUUGAAAACGAAAUCAUUCGAGGCUUCGUUUCAUGUGUCGCCACGGACACGUAAACGAGCUCAAUCAAUUGGCAAAAAGACCGGCUACAAAGAUCGCAAAAAGAAGUGCCGCACAACGAACAAAAACAAAUUGUCGGCGAAAAUCGUAGAUACAUCCAAACCGAAAGAUGUGUACGACUUUGAAGAGUCUCACGAUUCGGUUGAAGAUGAAAUCAUCCCCAUGACACAUACACGUCCGAGCAAAGCUGAAUCACAUUCAACGCCAACCGAAUCGUCUCCAUCCAAAGCAAAUGAAACGCCGAAGAAGCAGUGUGAUGACCAAGAGGAAGAAUCAAGUUAUUCGGAUCGUGAUGAUUAUUACAAUUUCAAUUCGGUGAGUGGCAGUGGCACCGAAGACCAAGAAAAUCCAGUAGAAGAAGACGAAAAUAGCGAUCGCGAAACGUCACAAUCGUCAAGGAGCACAAAACCAGCCAACAAUUCACAAAACAAAAGUUUGAUUAUGGGCCGAAUUUUCAAGAAUGCCAAGAAAAACGUUGAAACGACACCGGUUGAGUGCAACAAAGAGAAACCGACAGUCACGAAACCGAUGCCCAAGAAUGAUCUGGACGAAAUCUUUGACAAUUUGAAAAAUAGGAGCCCAGCAAGAGAGAAGCAAUCAGGAGUGAUUGAAGCACCCGAAAUGACACCGAAAUGUGAAGAAGUUAGAACCGAACAGCAAACCGAUAGUUUGAUCGAUGGUCAAUUGGAAUCGCUUGUUUCGCAUUCACAUCGCAAAUCACGUAAAUCGCGUGAAGUGGCCAAUUUAGAGGCUGAAUGGGGCAUGUCAGUGGAACAAAUCAAGGGCAUUAUCGGUGUUGGGAUGCGCAAAGCGCAACGCAGAUGCACCGCAAAUCGCCAAAACAAAUUGGUUGAAACGUGGAGCUCGGAUGAGUACGAAGAAUUCCAUUCGACAAAAGAUAUAAUUGCAUUGAUUCAGGAGGCUGAAAUGAAAGCGCAACGUUCAAAGGCCAGAUCUCAGAAACACAACGCCGAAGCCAAAGCAGCAGCCGAAAAGCUAGAACACGGUGAACCUACUGCACAAGAAAAAUCGACCAAAACUACAAACUCUGAUGCGAAGAGAGAUAAAUCCAAAGAAGGCAAUCGUAAAGUGAAGAUCGAAACCACAACAACAUCCACAACCACAACCACAACCAGUGAAAACAACGGAACGAAAAGUGAAAAAGAAGAGGAAGUAGUUGUCCGAGGAGGAGGAGGAGGAGGAGGAGGAGAAGAUGAGCAAGUGGAGGUCGUGAAGCCAUCUAAAUCGAAGAAAACGCUGUCGGAAAAAUUCCGAUCGGAAGACGAAAGCGACUUUGACGAACACUGGAAUAAGAAAGCGAAACGAGCUAAAAUCCGCAACCGUCGUCGUACAAUCACUUCUCGCGACGAUUUGGUGGAGAAAAAAUCAAAAGUAAAAACAAAAGAGAAAUCAGCCAAAAAACCAAUGCCUAAAAUCAAGCAUCAACCACCUAAACAACAACAACAACAACCACAGCACCAGCAGCAACAGCAGCAGCAUCAGCAAGUUAGUGAGAAAAAGAAUAAUAAGCCAGCAAAAGAAGUGGAUACAUCGAUACCAACCUCGAAAUCAAGCGGUAAAGCAACCAAAGAUGGCAAACCAAUGCCACGGCGGAAGAGAAUUGCAUCUGAGAUGCUUUACUAUUGGUCAUCGUCGAGCGAUGAAGAAUUCGGUCGAAUCGAAGCGGACAGUGAAAAUGAAGACGGAGACAACAGUGAAAAUCAUCUCGAGCAACAUGGCUGGAUAGUUGGUGAUUCACACAAAAAAUUAGUCACUCUGUUGGCACACGCAAAGCAUAAAAAAAUCGAGGACUGUGGUGUCAAAGAGACGGUUCAUAGACGGAAAUGAAAGUAGUUAUUAUUUCGUUGAGCGUGCGUAAAUCCGAAAAAAUGACAAUUUUCUAAGAUAUUGUAAUCCAUUUAUCGUUAAUGAUAAUAAUAAUGGAGUAGCUACGUUUAAUCGUAAAUGCAAAGUACACAUACAUUCAUUUUGAAUUCAUAAUUUAUGUCUUUACCGUAUUCAAAUAAUAUCCAUUUUUUUGUGUAAAUCGUAAGAUGUUUUAUAACAUGAGUAUUUUAUGUAUGUAGCAUGAUGGGCUUACUUGUACAACAAAACAAACACACCGUUCACAUUUUCUGCGGCAUUUAUUCCACACAUUAUUAUCAAUCUCUCUCACCAUCUACACCGUUUCAAAAUGAUGAUUAAUUAUUUUUGAUUGAUUAGAAUGUCAAUGUGCGCGCAUCAAUGAAAACUACUACGCUUUAAAAACUCAGAUCGAUUGAAAAUUGAUCAACACCUCAAAUUGUGUUCUUCUUGAUAUUGACUGAAGGGACGACUGCACCGAAAUGGAAAAAAUGCUGCAGAAAUUUAGAAAAAAUUAAAAAGAAAAAAAAGAAAAUCAAAUUGACGGCCAUUUGGAGCGGGAGAAUAUGCGAAGUAGAGAGAACUUUAUCUCAAGAAAAAAAAUAUUGCUUAAACUUUUGACAUAUGCAUAAAUUGAAUUGAAAAAAUUAUAUGUAUAAUGAGUUUGCAGUAACUCAUACAGUGCAGUCACACAGAGACAUAUUGAGUGUAUGUAUAUUCAAGCCAAAAUUUCAUAAAUUUCAGUCCAUUUAAAUGUUGUGGCGAGGGUUGAAGAAAUCAACCAAUCAACCAACAAACAUAUAGACACCCAAUUUAAGAAUCCCAAUGUUUGAAAGAAAAAUUGUUUAGAAAAUAUCCUCUAGUACCUUGCAAACAAAACUAAACAAACAUGAAAUCCCUUUUUAGAUCAAAAUUCUAGAUUUAUUAUUUUUUUUAUUAUAAUUUUAUUUUAUUUUUUCCUUUUUGAAAGAGAGUUUGACUGUACUAUUUUAUCUAUACAAAUUUAUGUUAAAUUGAUAUAUAUUUUUUCGUGUGUUCCGCUGAAUUCCAUACGAAACUCGUACUUUCAGCAAUAGGCCUACAAAACGAAGUGAAAGAGAGAAUUGUGGAUAUGUUUGCCCUUUUUAAUGAAAAAUUGUGUGAUUUGAAAGAAAGAAGAUAUAAUACACUAUAUAAAUAAAGUUUCCUUCUUCUUCGGGUGGGCGAACGCACGCGGCAGUGGUUGAAUACAUGCAAUAACUCUACAAAUCUUUUUUUUUCUAGCUGAACUAAGAAAUUGAAUCCGCCGCCUCUACUAUAUUCUACCAACAUAGACGUAGACGAUAAAAUGAGUAGAGGAAUUAUUUUGAAGGAAAUAGGCAAAUUAUCGUAGUGGAAACAGAAAUCAAAUCAACAUUUAACAAAGUUAAAAUGAAAGAGAAAAACAAAAACAUCAGCGUUGAAAUCAAUGGAAUGAAUGAAUGAUUGAAUGAAAGAUACUAAGCACACAUGGCAGUUAUAGUGGAAUAAAUGUAUUAAUUCAUAUUUAUUCACCUUUCACUUACACAUAGAUUAUGUAUUUUAAACAUAAUUUAGCAAAUGAUAAAGAAGAAGUAGAAGAAAGAGAAAAAAAUCUUCGGAAUAUUUCGAUAUGACAAAGAAACGCAACUGCUAAAUAUUAAUUUGAUUGAUCAAAUGAAAUGCUGCAGUGGGUCGGAUAAACUAAAAAAUUUAUAUAACAAAUAUAUAUAUUUAAAGUGACGCUAAAUGUAUCAUCAUUAUCAUCAAAGAACAUUAUACUGUGUAUUACGUGUAUUAUUUACAUCAACCAAUUUUCAUUUUUAACUUUGUUUUAAUUCUUCCCGAAUUUUAGUGAGCAACAAAAAAAAACUGAUAUGUGAAAAUGUGAGAAAGAAAAAAAAUAGAAAAGUGAAGAAAAAAAAUCACAAAAAACUAUACGUGUAAAAACCAAUCUGCAAUGUUUUCCCAAGAAUCACGCAAAAUAAUUUUACGAAUAAAGCAUUGAAAAAAAAAUUGAAAAAA